AUGAAAUCCAUCAGGAGGACAUUGCAGGAACAUGGACUUCUCCAAUAUUUCGCAGCCAGGGAGCCUUUGGUGAACUAUAUGGAUGUGAGUGGUGGGUUUACCUUUUGUGUCCAUCCAUUUGGAACUAAUCAACAGAAUGAAUACUUUGGCACCAUUUCCAUUGGAACUCCACCCCAAGACUUCUCGGUUGUGUUUGACACGGGAUCUGCCAAUCUGUGGGUGCCCUCUGUCUCCUGCUCCAGUGCAGCUUGCACAAAUCAUCAUAGGUUUAAUCCUCACAUUUCCUCCAGCUUUCAACCUUCCAGUCAGACAGUCUCCAUCUCCUAUGGCACAGGCAGUAUAAGUGGUGAUCUGGCAUACGACACGGUGCAGGUGGCAAAUAUUGCAGUUCAGAAACAAGCUCUGGUUCUAACUGAGACAGAGUCCAUUUUCCUCUUCUACUCCCACUUUGAUGGAAUCUUGGGGUUGGGGUAUCCCAGUCUUUCAGUGUCUGGGACACCUCCUGUGUUCGAUAACAUGUGGAGUGAAGAAUUAAUUCCAGAAGAUAUCUUCUCUGUUUAUCUCAGCAGUGGAAGUGGAAGUGUUGUGGUAUUUGGCGGAAUUGAUGAUUCUCUGUACACUGGAAAUCUGCAUUGGGUGCCGGUCACAGAACAGAAAUACUGGCAGAUUACAAUAGACAGGAUUACCAUGAAUGGUCAGGUGGUGGCCUGUCUAGAGGGAUGUCAAUCUAUAGUGGAUACGGGGACAUCGGUCAUCGCUGGUCAUCCAGGCGCCAUCAGUGGGAUCCAAAGAGCCAUUGGAGCAACUCCGGACACAUACGGACUGGUGACUAACCUUCAUAUAUCUCUCCUUACGUGA